AUGGACAACGUGACACCUGGCAGCUUUCCAGGUGACACGUACCUGAAGGAAUACAAUCCCGUGGCCCUGAUCCUCGGCGUGCCCCUCAUCCUGGCGAUCAUCCUAGGGAACGUGCUGGUGUGUCUGAGUGUGCUGACUGAGCGCUCCCUGAAAACCGCCACCAACUACUUCAUCAUCAGCCUGGCAGUCGCCGAUCUGCUGCUGGCGGUGCUGGUGCUGCCGCUCUACGUGUACUCAGAGUUUUUGGGUGGCGUCUGGACAUUGAGCACCUACAUCUGUGACGCUCUGAUGACCAUGGACGUGAUGCUGUGCACUGCCUCUAUCCUCAACCUGUGUGCCAUCAGUGUGGACAGGUACAUUGCUGUGGUGGUUCCUCUGAAGUACAACAGGAACCAGUUCAGUGUCCGUCAGCUGGUCCUUAUCACAGCCACCUGGGUGCUGUCUCUGGGUGUGGCCAGUCCGGUUAUCUUCGGUCUGAACCAGGUGCCGGGUCGCAAUCCAAGACUGUGCAAACUGGAGGACGACCGUUUCGUAGUGUACUCGUCGGUCUGCUCCUUCUUUGUGCCUUGUCCCAUCAUGCUCUUCUUGUAUUACUGGAUGUUUCGGGGCCUGCGGCGGUGGAGCGGUCGGAGCCGAUCUCCGGCGGGGCGAGCCGGCCGUCCGGCUCUCUCUUUACGUCUGGGCUCUGUUCUACAGCGAGCGAAAGCCACGAAGACUGGGAGACUAGAGAAGGUGGUUUGUGCCACGCCGACUGGCCUCAGCCCCGCCUCCCCCUCCACCGUGUCCGCGACAAUGACCUCGGUGACCCCGGUGACGGAGCAUCAGUGCGACGGGCAAAUGGUGGUGGCGGAGAGCGACCCAAUGACGACGCAGAUGGACAGCAUGUCAGACGGAGAAGCCACGGAGAAGAGGGAGGGACUCGGCCUGAUGAAGACCAGCGCUGCCGCAAAGAGAGGAAGAAGAAACAGCAAGAGCAGCAGAGUCAGUGGGAGGGAACGCAAAGCCAUGAAGGUCCUGCCGGUCGUCGUCGGUGUGUUUCUGGGCUGUUGGACGCCUUUCUUUGUCGUCCACGUCACCAAGGUGUUGUGUCGGUCAUGUGACAUCGGCCCGACUCUCAUCUCCGUGGUAACAUGGCUUGGUUACGUGAACAGUGCUGUCAACCCGAUCAUCUACACGGUCUUCAACACGGAGUUCAGGAACGUCUUUCACAAGCUGCUCUGCUGUCGUACACGAAACUACAAGCACUGA